UAACUUAAAUAUUUAAAUGAUGUAAGGGAAUGUCAAUGUAAACAGUGAUAGCGCGUAGGAUUAUCGAUGUUAUGCCACAUGGUUUUCAUAGUUCUACAAGAUAUAUUUCAGUUAGGACAGUGAUAUAAUUAUGAUGUCUGUUAAUUUCGGGCUAUUUAGUUAAAAGUGUUGCUUUUGAAGAUUCACUUCAUCACGGUGCAAUGUUUUUGAGACUCUGCCGUCAAUAUAAUUUACUGAUUUAUUUAGUUAUUCUCAUUCUGAUUCAUUCUUACUAAUUACCUAGCUUCGAAAGAUAGAAUCGGUUGCAGACAUAGUAAUGCGCAUGGAAGAAAAGUGUUCUUGAUAUCUCGAAGUUUUCUAAAUUAUGCCUGGAUCAUUCAACACAUGUUUCAAGAGACAUGUGUCUGUUGAUAGGCCCAUCGGGUGUCGGAAAAACUUUGCUGCUGAAAACACUGCAGACGGGAAACUAUAGUGGUUCCAAGAGUUUCACUGACAGCUUGGAAGAUGUGCCUUCCACUAUUCCAACAACUGGGACAAACCUUGUUAACAUCACAGUCCAUAAAAAGCAAGAGGUGACAGUAAGAGAGGUUGGAGGAUCCAUGGGACCCAUUUGGCCUAACUAUUAUAAAAAUGCCAAUGCGAUAAUGUACAUGCUGGACCUGUCUAACCGAUGUCAAGUGUCUGCAGCCUGCAUCCAAUUGCUGACUAUGUUGAUACAUCCAUGCAACGCUGCCACCCCUAUCCUGGUGCUGCUGAACAAAAAAGAUUUGUCAUCUGUCACAACCAGUACUGAAAUAAAAUGGCUGCUGCAUCUAGAAGAAUUAAAAGAGCAGGCUACCCAUAAAAUAACCAUACUGGAGGUCAGUGCUAAGACUGGACUUGGUUUGGACCAAGUGGCACGAUGGAUUCAUGAUAAUCAUCGGAAAUCUGUGCAAAGCUGAUUAGUGCUCUGCUGAUUAUUGCCAGCAUUAUAAGAAAUUGUGUUACUGUUUUAAUCUUAUUUAUAUUAUGUUCAUGGAUGUUUAGAAGGUUAUGAACAUUAUUUGUAAGUAAUAUCCUGUUUAUGUAGCUUAUACUUAAAUAGUAUCAAUUUGUCCAUUGAAUGCAAAAGUUAGAGCAUCCCUGAUUAUUUAAAUAGAGAUCUGUUCAAAAAUACUUAGUACCAUAGACAUUUUUUAUUGUACUGAUCUAGUAAAUUGUAAAAUAAAUAGCUAAAGGCAAGGUGGCAACUAUUUUAUGAUCAGCAGGCAUUGUCUAGGAUAGAAAACUAUGAAAUCUAAAGUUGAAACAUUGGCUACAUGCAUUUUGGACAGUGAGGAGUGGUUCUUCAAAAAAUGUUUUAGUAUAUUUUAUAGUAAAUUAUAUCGUAUUAGGUACCGGCACAUGCGCCUUCUCGUUGGUGGAAAAGCUGCCGAUCGCACAAAAAUCGCUCGUUUUCAAUUCAAAGUAUUUCAUAGGAACAUAAAUAUCACUUUUAAAUCACUACUAAAGAACAACUUUUCGUCAUGUGUUCAGAGUAUUUUGUUUUGUGUGACAGGGAGAAUAAUGUGUUUUUUGUGAGGAUAAAUGGUACCCUGCACGAAAAUCGACAUGCCGCGCGGAGCUCAUUUUCCGUGUGCCGUGUAAUGCGUUUUGAUGGUUGGGUUUGUAUUUGUGCUUGCGUUCACAAAGCUUUCGCAAUGGAUAUUGAUGUAUAGAUAUAUAUUGAAUUAAGUCAGCUCAGAUUGGCGAAAAUGCCUGUGUAUUAAUGAAAUUUAACAGUUCUAAAGCACAAUUAAAAUAUUUGUCAACUU